GAGAGUGCCGUUGAUUUGCCGACCCAGUUGACCUCCUUCCUUCAUAUAAGGUGGGGGAGUGGGGGAUAGGCAGAGGGAGAGGGGUCCAGGGCGGUAUGAAUAAAUCAAUUUCCACUAUUCUCUCCAGUUCCUCCGCCGACGCUGCGGCUACGCAUUCAGUGGCACCGUUUCCUGUGCCUGCUACCCGAUCCUUAAGUUGCAACGGCAACGAUACGGAAGGGCCUGUUGGUUUCUCUCCUGAUCUGCACAGGGAGGGGUGGAAGAAGCGGAGGGAGUGACGAGAAGCACGAUGAUGUCGAGAGGGUGGCAUGUAUUAGCCGCAAGCGUGUCAGUGCUCGCGGUGCUUCUGUUUCUGCAAUCCAGAAGCGUGCGAGCAGAUGAAGUUUCAGCCAUGGAUACCGUCCACGGGCAUGAUGUAUGGAAGAUCAAGUCGGUUUUGCAGAAGAAUGAGGAAGAGAAGCCAUGGGUAACUCUCGGGCGGCUCUUCGGCAAGUGGGGGACUGCCGAGGGGGGCGUGUGCGAGGAGCACUACGGGAUUUUGCCCUGCUCCGUGAGCUUGGGCGGAAACGCUGCCCUUCUCGUGAUCUAUGGGUACAUGUUGCUCCAGGCCGCGCAGCUGCUGUCUGACGGGAGUGAGCUUCUUUUGACGGUGAUGAGCCCUGGGAUCAUUGGGGGCCUGGUUUUGCCCAUCCUCGGCGCCUUCCCUGAUGCGUUGCUCAUUACGGUUUCCGGAUUGGGUGCGAGCCAAGCGGAAGCCCAGCAGGAAGUGCUUGUGGGCAUGGGCCUGGUCGCCGGGUCAUCUGUUAUGUUGCUCACGGCACUGUGGGGAGCAUGCCUUAUUUUCGGCCGAUGUGAUCUUAUCCCGCACCCAGCCAAUGGCAAACUUGUGGCCAAGGAUCGGACGUUAACAAAAGGGUUUAGUCUGACAGAAACGGGAGUAACCAGCGACGAACAAACAAAAUGGGCGUCUUGGAUUAUGAUGGCCACGCUUUUGCCCUAUAUCGUGGCACAAUUGCCCCGCUUGAUCGGAUUGAACACAGAAGGGAAUUUUUUCAUCGCCUUGGCAGCUAUUAUCUCAGGACUAAGCCUCAUCGGCUACUGCACCUACCAGCUUGUUGCUCCCUGGAUUCAGGAAAGGAGAAUCAUGUGGGCCCAGCAUAGGUACAGGAGAAGUCAUGCUCUUCACAAAGUGUCCCACCUUACGCACCAACAGAACUGGGGCAAUCUAUUCACGGCCUCUGGCGAACCAAACGAGGAGGUGCUGCUGAAGUUAUUUGGUCACUUUGACCCCGACAACGACAAACACCUCACCAAGACGGAGCUGAAGGGUUUGAUAUUGGGAUUAGGAAUCGAGCGCCAUAACGGUCAAGUCCCUGAUGAAGAUGAACUCCAGCAUUGGAUGUCGGAGUUCGAUGUCUCCAGGGACAACCGAAUUUCAGUAGAUGAGUUCCUGCAAGGUAUUAAGAGGUGGAUGAAGUCCUCCUCAACCGCCACCAAGAAAAAGAAUGGCGCUGUCGCAAUUGAUUCCCAGUCCUCUGAUCACCACGGCUGGGACUUUGAGGCUCAGAACGCCAAAUUCGACCUGGCUUCAUUAGAGGAAGACUCUAUUGAAGAUGAGGAGGAUGAUGAGAGCAAAGGGACCCCCACCAGGGGCCAGGUCAUCGCCAAAGCGAUUUGCUAUUUGAUCGCUGGAGCUGCAGUCGCUGCCAUCUUUGCUGAUCCCUUAGUUGACGCAAUCGGUGGCUUUUCCAAAGCCUCUGGGAUUUCGCCAUUCUUCAUCUCCUUCAUUGCUACACCUUUAGCAACUAACUCCAGCGAAGCAAUCUCUUCUCUCAUCUUUGCCAAGAGGAAACGCAAGAAAAACAUCUCCAUGACCUACUCUCAGAUCUACGGUGCCGUCACCAUGAACAACACCUUAUGCUUGGGAAUUUUCUUGACUAUUGUGUACUUCCGAGGCCUAUUGUGGGACUUUUCGGCUGAGAUAUCCGUGAUUUUCUUUGCGACUUUUAUCAUGGGUACAGUGGCAGCAUUUAGGACAACCUUCCCUCUUUGGAUGGCAUUCAUUGGCUUGGCUCUCUACCCUCUGUCAGUUGGACUGGUAGUAUUCUUAGAUUUCGUUUGUGGAUGGCACUAAGUCUUCUCAAGUGAAGACAUGCUCAAUGUAACUGAGUUACCUGGAACGAACAAACAACCACAGAGGUUAGCAUCUUUGAAGAUGGGUUUGCUGUCAGCACGCUUGCUCCGCCAACGGAAGAAUGUCGCCGACCAAUUUUCUGAAAUUAGCGGUGGCCGCACCCUUCAGUCUGCUGCUUGACUGACGGCGUGGUGAGUGUUGUGAAUGACCACUAAACACCAGCGUACAUUUUCGAAUCCUACCAGCUUAGCCUUGAAUGUAAAUGUUGUGAAGAAAUUGUACUCUUUUAAAACAAAAAGACUCAAUUGGCUUUACCAUCUCCAAUAUGUAGCUCAAUGGCUCUACACUUUGUGCCUGUUGCGAAAGAUUUAGAGUUAUUGCCGUUGCUUUUCGAUGCUUUUUCCCCAGUGAUCUUCAAUAUUCUAGACUGUGUCGGCAGUCAGCAGUUCCAUUCAU